CCAGUACAGCCAGCCUGAGAGCGGAGUGUCUGUGAAGGAAGGGGAGAUCCCCUCGCGUAUAUAAUCUGAUCGAAUCAAAGGAGCCCUCUCUGGGUAGCGAGCCGACAGUCGACUUCAGAUUACCAGUAUUCUCGCUUCGAUCGCCCGGCUCUAAGCGAACACGCUCAAGUUUCAACUCACGCGCGAAAGGAUUCCACUUGGACACCCUCACAAUGUCAACCCCCGCUCACGAUACCGAAGGGCGACAAGCUCUCCGCCUGGGUGGAAGGAAACUCGCCUUUAUGGCCUUUUCUUCAUUGGGAAUCAUCUAUUCUGAUAUCGGGACCAGCCCGUUAUAUGUCCUCACUACGAUCUUCAGCACAACGGGACCAGCCCCGAACAAAGAGGAUGUUAUCGGUGGAAUCAGCGCUAUCGUCUGGGCGUUUACCCUGUUGCCUCUUCUCAAAUAUAUCGGGUUCGCCUUGAGCUUCGGGUCUGGUGAAGGAGAAGGCGGUCCUUUCGCCUUGUUUCAGCAGAUCUUUCCCCGAGACGACCCUGGCAGGGAUCCCAACGAUGACCGCGAACUCACCAAGCACAUUGAAGUCGUUAGUCACGGCAAGCCGGUCGUGUCGCGAUCCUCUAGGUUGCAGAAACUUCGAUGGCCGCUCCAGAUUUGGACCCUGUUCGCUACCGCACUUACAAUGGCUGACGGCAUCCUUACCCCUGCGGUAUCCGUCACCUCUUCGGUCGGAGGCUUGGCAGUGGUCGCGCCUGUCGUCAGCGACCAUGUCAUCCCCAUCAGCAUCGGGUUCUUGCUAGUCCUGUUCUUAGGUCAACGAUUCGGGACAGCUAAACUCAGUAUAGUCUUUGCGCCUCUUACAUUCUUGUGGUUUGCCUUGAUCGGGAUCUCCGGAAUUAUCAACGUCGCCAGUCAGCCCAGCAUUUUACGGGCGUUUGACCCGUCUCGAGCCAUUAUGUUCUUUGUGAGGACCAAGAAUUACGAUGCACUCGCCGGUGUACUUUUGGCACUUACGGGGUGCGAGGCCAUCUUUGCCAACCUGGGCCAAUUCACGGCAUCUUCCAUCCGGAUCUCCUUUGUCUGCCUGGUCUAUCCGGCUUUGAUCUUCCAGUAUCUCGGUCAAGGUGCCCGGAUCAUCACGGAUGGUACCGUGAUGGCCAACCCGUUCUACCUCUCUAUACCUGGUGGACCUAAUGGAGGUUUGUGGUGGAUCACUUGGGUGAUGGGAGUGAUCGCAUCAUUGAUCGCAUCUCAAGCGAUGAUAACGGCAACCUUCACCCUCGUCAACCAGCUCAUCGGAAUGGGAGCUUUUCCCUCAAUCAGAAUCAAUCAUACGUCCAUACUUACAGCUGGACAGGUCUACGUGCCGGCAAUCAACUGGCUUCUUAUGAUCGGAACCAUCGCUACAGUGGCAGGUUUUGGGUCAUCAUUCGCUUUGACUUUAGCAUACGGUUUCGCUGUCGCAACCGUAAUGUUCAUCACCACGACGUUGUUGGCCUUUCACAUUCCUCUCAUUAAAGGAUAUCAUUGGAGCUUGGGUGUACUUUUUUUCCUGUUCUUUGGUUUCUUGGAUGCGCUUUUCUGGGGUGCGGCAUUGCGCAAGGUUCCGGAGGGUGCCUGGUUCCCUCUGGCUCUGGGAAGCGUAUUGUGUAUCUUCAUGGUGUUCUGGACUUGGGGACAGGAACUCGAGCGCAUUUUCGAUACUACGCACUCGCGAAAGCUCAACUCGGUGGUUUUCAACGAUACUACAGUCUCCGACAUCAAAUCAGAGACGACAACGAAAGAGCCCAUAAGCGAGGUUCACGAGGUAGAACAUGGUCUGCCUGUUCUCGAGAAUGUCGGAGGAUCGGUUCAGCUACAGGACAGGAUUGCAUGCGACAGUCACGGGGACUUCUACAUCAAGAAGCCCGAUGGAACGAUGUUCCAACUGGCAAGGACCACCACUACUGCCAUCUUCUAUAAACCCAGUGGAGGGCAAGGUGUACCUCACGCGUUUUCGACAUUCUUGCAUCAGGUCCCUGCCCUGCCCCGUAUCAUUAUCUUCCUUUCCACAUGGACGGUCGCUAGGCCUCACGUCGAGCUCGCAGACCGAUACUUUGUCACCAAGGCGCGAUCCCUAGAUGGCUUUUAUGGCGUAACCAUGAAGCGCGGAUACCUCGACCGCAUCAGCCCGGAGAUCGAACACAUUCUUGGGCAAAUUCAGACCAUAGAGGCCACAUUCUCCCCUGUAGAUGUCGAAAAUCGUUUGGCUCGUAUCGCCGAGGCUUCCAAGACCGUCACUCACAUAAACUCGAGCUAUCGCCUCAUAAGUCGCCACCAGAACAAUGGUAUCGUGGAUUGGGUCCGAAGGGCCCUCAUCGAGGAGCUAUACGACCGUUGCCGAGUGAUGUUCCCGGACGAGAGCAGUUCGCCUGAGUCUUUGGAAGAAACCCUUCAUCUGAAAGUGAUUGCGGAGAUCUAGCUCCAUGACUGAUAGGCAAACGCGGAUCGCUGUUCCUUGUCCUUUGGGAGACACCAAAAGCAAGGCGGCGGCACGUUCGUUGUUGUGAGAUUACAUGUAUCAGUAGUAUCAAGAUCUUGGAUCUCGGACUUGGUCAUACGGAGACCCAUCAGUCCUCAAUUCCCCCCCCCAUUC